AUGGCAGCCAUUCUCUCCUGCCACCACUCUGCUUCUCCAGCUACCUCCUCCAAAUUCAUCAGUCCCAGCAUACCUACAAACCGUACACGCUUCUCAAUUUCCCAUAAACAAUUUGGAACCCGCAGUUCUUCCCCACUUCCUAUUAAAUGCCAGAUCCAGAACAGACAGAAAGGGAAGUCAUUUUCCAUAAAGGAGUGUGCGAUAUCUAUAGCUUUGGCCGUUGGAUUAGUAACAGGAGUUCCUGCAUUGGAAUGGUCUAGCAAUGCCUAUGCGGCUAACCCAGUGUUGCCUGAUCUUUCUGUACUGAUCUCUGGACCCCCAAUAAAGGACCCGGGGGCUUUGUUGAGAUAUGCUCUACCUAUCAAUAAUAAAGCUAUCAGGGAAGUACAAAAACCACUUGAAGAUAUUACAGAGAGUCUGAAGGUAGCCGGAGUCAAAGCACUCGAUUCUGUUGAGAGGAAUUUGAGGCAGGCAUCUCGAGCGCUGAAGCAGGGAAAGGCUUUAAUUGUAUCUGGAUUAGCUGAAUCGAAGAAGGACCAUGGAGUUGAAUUGCUCGGAAAGCUGGAAGCUGGAAUGGAUGAACUCCAACAGAUUGUGGAGGAUAGAAAUAGAGACGGAGUAGCAGAAAAACAGAAGGAGCUACUUCAAUAUGUUGGGGGUGUUGAAGAGGAUAUGGUGGAUGGAUUCCCGUAUGAAGUGCCUGAAGAAUACCAAAGCAUGCCUCUAUUGAAGGGGAGAGCAACUGUGGAUAUGAAGGUCAAGGUUAAGGAUAAUCCUAGCCUUACUGAUUGUGUCUUCCGUAUUGUUCUUGAUGGUUACAAUGCUCCAGUAACUGCUGGGAACUUUGUAGACUUGGUGGAAAGACACUUUUAUGAUGGCAUGGAAAUCCAAAGAGCGGAUGGUUUUGUUGUACAAACUGGUGAUCCUGAAGGACCAGCAGAGGGUUUCAUAGAUCCAAGUACAGAGAAAACCAGGACAAUACCAUUAGAAAUCACGGUGGAGGGAGAGAAAUUACCUUUUUAUGGAUCAACUUUGGAAGAGCUUGGACUAUACAAGGCUCAAACAAAGCUGCCCUUUAAUGCAUUUGGAACAAUGGCUAUGGCCAGAGAUGAAUUUGAGAACAAUUCUGCAUCCAGCCAGAUUUUUUGGCUACUGAAGGAAAGUGAACUAACUCCCAGUAAUUCCAAUAUAUUAGAUGGUCGUUAUGCAGUGUUUGGAUAUGUAACACAAAAUGAGGACUUUUUGGCAGAUCUCAAGGUUGGUGAUGUGAUAGAGUCAAUCCAAGUAGUCUCUGGGCUCGAAAAUCUAGCCAAUCCAAGCUACAAGAUUGCUGGCUAG